CUAUCACUGCACAAUGGAGACGAAAAUAGCGCUUCUAACCAUAGUCUUCUGCUACUACGGAAGUGCGAUACCAUUGGAAAAUAGUUCUGCACCAGCUUUAGGCUACGAGUUGACGAUUGCAGGAUUGGAUUCCAUCAAUUUCAACAUGCACAGCGACUACCUGCGAUCGAAAGAGCACUUCGACGGUCUCCGGGCAGAGCUUGAAGAAAUCCGGGAUUCGAUACGUAGCAUCGAAGCCCUUGCACAACGACACUCUCGAACACUGGCCAAACUGGAGAGCGAAGCAGAACUUACGACCAUGAGCUUGACAAGGCUGACAAAUAGCAAUGCUGCGAUACACAAGCUUCAACAGCUACAGCCGAGUACAGAAAUGUUGAACGACCUGCUUGUAAGAUUUCUAACCAAUAGCUCGUUCGAACAAACACUGGGCAACAUCCCACAACUUUCGAAGAAAGAAGCUCAAACCGUUAAAACUUGUUCUGACCUUACAAGUAGAACAUCCGGCAUCUACAGGCUGCAACCCGAUGACAGUACAUCGUUUGAAGCCUUGUGUGACCAAGAGUACGAGGGAGGUGGUUGGACGGUUAUUCAGAACCGUUUUAAUGGAUCGGUAGAUUUCUACCGAAAAUGGGCAGAAUAUGAACAAGGCUUUGGCAAUUUAGAGAGCGAGUUCUGGUUGGGCCUUGAGAAAAUUCAUCGGCUCACCUCGUUCAAGACUCACGAGCUCCACGUAGUGCUGGAGGCAUUCGAUGGAAAGAAGGCCGUUGCUAAGUAUUCUCAUUUUUUGGUUGAUGGAGCUGAUCAGAAGUACGCCUUGUCAAAGUUGGGCACCUACAGUGGAAGUGCUGGAGACUCGCUAAGCUAUGGCCUCAACAUGAAGUUCACUACACAGGAUGCCGAUCACGACACUCAUGGAGGAAACUGCGCUGUGGAUUACAAGGGCGCAUGGUGGUACAAGGCUUGCCAUUUCAGCAAUCUCAACGGUCUAUAUAAGAAAGGAUCGUUCAAUACAAACUCGAUGUGCUGGAAUGCCUUCAAAAGUUCAGACGAAAGUUUGCAUAAAUCCCGUAUGAUGAUUCGUGCCGUUAGAGAAACGUGAAUGUUUUGAUGUCGGAUUAAUAGACUUUGCCAUGUUCAGGAUAUAAAUAAAUAGUCAUCCGAAAACAAUUUUACUUCGUUUUUGUAGCAGUCGAAAUUUUCUACUCGAUUCAUCACAACUUUGAA